UCAAUCUUUCUAUUGACACCCGACUAUAAAUAAACCCGCGAUAGAUUGAAUGAUUGAUCAAUAUCACUAUUAGACAGUGUAGCUUCCGACAUAUUUUCUACAUAACUAAAGUUCAGACAGGCUAAGAAAAGCAUGGCCGCUGCAACCCAACAAGUCUCGACAGCAUUGCUUAGCGAUGAGGAAAAGGCUAUUUUCGAGGAGCUGAUUAAAGCUGCAAGGGAUAAAGCAGCUUUGGAGCCCAAGGUUAGUGCUAAGGAGGAGGUUGUUUCUUCUGGUUACAUUUCAAAUCGACACAAGGACCCUGUAACUUUGCGACUACAUGAUCAACACAACUGGUCUGGAAAUCCAGUACUGAGCUACCCCCAAUUUAUUCCGCGUCAGAAACAUCCAAUCGAGUUCAAGCACCAAGGCCCUCUUCCACAAGGGUCUAAAGGGGGCGUGGUUUAUGCUGAUGGUGAUGACUCCACUGCACGGAAAUGGCUCAUUGCGUUUGAUUAUUCUAAUAACAAGGUUUAUGCAGAAGCCGAGCCAAUAGGAGAUGUCGAUUGGAAUGUAAUUGAAGUGAAACUAGAUGCAUCUGGAGAGUCAAGUUUGUACGAAGACCCAGUUUUAGGAGGCAAAGCUCACGCAGCAAUCAAUGGUGAUGCUCGUAUUGUGGUUGCAUGGUUCAUUAAUUAGCCUCCUAAAAACGAAUUGCAUGUGUAGGAUAUCCUGGAUAUGCAUGCUCCUAAGGUCACGAAGCUAAUUAAGCAAGCAGACAUUUUAAUACAUAAAUAAAGCUUUUGUAAUUCACAAGAAAGUCCUCUCGUUAUGUAGACAAACGUGGUACGCACUUGUGCUAUUAUACAUAAUAAUGUUCUUGCUUUAUUAAUAAUACAAUAAUGAAUACAAAGUAUAGUGUUACCCCUUGCGUUUAA